AUGGUGGUAUUGUGGUUAAUUGUGAUUGUCGAUGGUGAAGGUGGCGGUGAUGGUUGUGACUGUGGUGGUGGUGGUGAUGAUGGUGAUGGUUGUAGUACCGUGGAUGAUGGUGGUGAUGGUGGUUAUGGUGGUUUUGGUGAUGGUAUUGGUGAUGUGGGUGAUGGUAAUAGUGGUGAUUGUUGUGGUGAAGGGGUGAUUGUUGUUGUGAUGGUGAUGGGGCUGUUGGUGGUAAUAUGGGGUGAUGUUCGUCGCGGUGGGAUGCUGGUCGAGGUGUUGUUGGUGGUGGUUGUGAUUAUGUUUUAG